CAGGCGCGCGGCGGGCAGACUUGGAGGGGGCGGGUCCGCGCGGGCCUCAGAGCCGCCCGCCCUACCUAAGGAGAGGUCACAACGUGAACCCGCCGCCGCUGUUGCUACUGCGGCUUCUGCUUCUAGGUCUGCGUGCCGGGCUGCAGCCAUGUCUUACUGCCGGCAGGAAGGGAAGGAUCGAAUUAUAUUUGUGACCAAAGAAGACCACGAAACACCGAGCAACGCAGAGCUGGUGGCCGACGACCCCAAUGAUCCGUAUGAGGAGCAUGGGUUGAUACUACCAAAUGGAGACAUUAACUGGAAUUGUCCAUGUCUUGGGGGAAUGGCCAGCGGUCCCUGUGGGGAACAGUUCAAGUCGGCCUUUUCCUGCUUCCACUAUAGCACGGAGGAUGUCAAGGGCUCAGACUGUGUAGAUCAGUUUCGGGCCAUGCAGGAAUGCAUGCAGAAAUACCCGGAUCUCUAUCCCCAGGAGGAUGAGGAAGAUGAGGAGAAGAAGCCAGCAGAACAUUUAGAGGAAACAAAUCACAGUGAAGCCCCUGCAACCAAAGAAGAGAAGGGGUCGAGCUAAUGAAAGCCAUGAGACUCCAGUCCUUCCACUUCAGAGUGAUACGAACCUUUUGCAAAAUGCCUUUCCAUCACUCUCCAAGAACAUGUCUUUUCCUGUUGUUCUGUGUACUGUAAUGUGCAAAAUAACUUAUUUUGAUCAUCAGGGCCCUUGGUCCCUUGACAAUACACUGAAAAAAAAAAUGGGGUUUUAUGUAUGUAUGUCUCAUAUAAACUGAUCAGCAAAUGUAGCUGGCCACUUUAGAAUUUUUUUGUCAGAUUGCCCUAAAUUUUGUUAUUUAAAAUGACGUGCUAAAUAAUCUCAGUGAGCAAAAAUCAUUAUCUGGGAGCAUCUCUUGUAAGUGAGCUGAUUUCUUCUGAUUCAUCUUUUCACUUGUAGUGGAUUUUAUACCCCUUUGGGAAAUAAAACAGAAACAAAAUAUCUUCCUUAAAAAUGCUGGCUAGUGGCUGUUCCUGAUAGAAGAGGCCAGAUGAUCAGCUCUUAUUUUCCAAAAUCCAUCUUGACAGUGCAUAUUUGCACUGAUCCACAAUCCCAUUCUCAGUGAAGAGAAAGGCUGGGUUGUUUUUUUUUUUUGCUGUUCUUGUUAUUUCUAAGCCCUGCGUUCACACUGGCUCUGUCUCACGUGUUCAGAUGCAGUGUUCUUGAGAGGUGGGGACUUACUUGUGACCAGAGUAGCAGCCAGGUGAGGCGAGGCUUGAAUUAAGUAUUCAAUAAACAGGAGACCAUGAUUUUUACCUCAUUUUGAAUGUGUUGUUUUUACUAGUUAAAAAUACUUUUGAUAUAAGGACAUAAAAGUUAUGAAAAUUUUAAUUGAAAUUUCUCUAUGAAGAUACUGGUUAACCAGAUUUGAGUCUUAAAAUUUUCUGUGUUGAGGGAGCUCUGGUGAAACCUUUCCCAGAGUGAACCCAAGGACCCCACACUGACAAACCUCAUCAGUGUCUACCUCACCUUUUUGUCACAUGGGGCAUCUUUUAUAUAGUAAGACAACAAUAAAUCUUUUUCCCCCCCAAAAAAAAAUUUUUUUUCUGUGUGGAGUUCAAAGCCUGCCAAUUCUUUGUGAGCAGAUGCCUUCCUACAGACAUGACUGUUAAUCUGUGAGAUGGGAAGUCUCGCCAUUUGAAGAAAGGGAGCCGAAGCCCUUUCUUGUAACUUGCCUGAGGUAACAGUUAGACCAUUUUUAGACUGAGACGAAGUAAUGCCUCAUUUGUUCACAAUAUGUUAGUCAUCCAUGGAUACAUUAAAAAUUGCUUAAAACUUAACACCAUGAAACAACAAACACUACCUUAUAACUUCUAUUGCUCAUGAAUCUGGGCAUAGCUUACCUGGGUCCUUUGACUCAUUGUAAGGGCAGGAACAGGCACAGUGCAGGUUUUCUGAUCCUAUGCAGACCAGGUAAAGGAGGAGUCAGAGUCCUCAGUAGUUUUGCAGGUUUUUUAUUUGGGGUUCACCAGGCAUAUGACA